AUCCAUCACGAGUGACGUCAGACGCGCUGUGUGUUACGAAAAAGAGUUACGAAAGUUCUUUCAGUUCCCACAUUAGGUUGUUCGGUUUGCUCUUCUCUGCAAGUGUAUUAGAGAUCCAAGGACUGUCAUUCAGAGGAAUCAUGCUUGGAUCAGUGGUGGUGGGUUUAGGCAUUGCAGGAUGUGUCAGAUUAAGAGAGCUACUCGCCCCUUUACCAGCCAGUGCUGCUGACAAACUCACUAUCAAAGGCUUUGUUUCAAGGAGGAGCCUUGAAGAUCAGCAGGGAGUGAAACAGAUCACCAUGAGCGAAGCAUUAAGCAGAGAUGAUAUCCAGGUGGCUUUUAUAUGCACGGAAAACACGAAUCAUGAAGAACACAUCAGACAAUUUCUGGAGGCAGGAAGGCACGUGUGCGUGGAGUAUCCCAUGACUCUUAGCUACGGGUCUGCAGUGGAUCUAUGGGAUCUGGCUCAAGAGAAGGGGUUGGUGCUACAUGAGGAACAUAUUGAACUUCUCACUCCUGAUUUCAAACAGCUGAAAAAAAACAUAGUUGGAAAAACGCUGGAGGAAGGAACGCUGCACUUCACAGGUGGCUCAUUGAAGCCAGAUUUUGGAUUCCCGUCAUUCAGUGGCAUUGCCAGAUUGACCUGGUUGGUUGAUCUUUUCGGGAACCUUACAGUUACAUCAGCGUCUCUGGUGGAGGAGAAGGGGAAGAAAUACAUGAAGAUGACGGCCCACCUUUUAACACAACAACAGAAACCGCUUACAUGGAUCGAAGAACGAGGUCCAGGGCUAGGCAGAGCCAAGCACGUUAACUUCCGCUUCCAGGACGUCGCCAUCACUGAACUACCUGCCGGUCAGCGGGAGUCGGUGGGUCUAUUCAUGCAGGAUAUGGUGCUGUUUGGCCAGAAGCUGCAGGGAGACGUGCCGGCUGAGGAGCUUCAGGCCGAGAAGAACAGAAUCCUGCACUGUCUGGAGCUGGCAGACCGCAUACGACAGCUCAGCUAGAGCAGACAGGCGUGAAACUGCACAGAUGGAUGAUAGAAAUGAACCGAGCUGAAGGCCUGUUUGUCAAUUUUGCCUUAACGUCUGCGGUGGUAUUAAGGGAUUGAGGUUUUAGAACAGAUGCAACAGAUCUGAAUGUUUUUUUUAAUGUUAAGGGAAUAGGUCUGUCGUCAUUUACUGACCCUCAUGUUGUUACACAAUAAAGUUCAUAUUAUACAGUGGCAUAACAUUUUGACUACAGGCAGCUUUUUGGAAGAAAAUCAUGAAACUCAAGCAACAUGAGUGGUGUGCAAAUUACACUUUCAUUGUUUUUAUUGAACUAUUUUAAGAUUUGAGGCUUGAAAAUUGAUUUGAAUUAAAUUUUACAGCUAGAAUUGCAAAAACAGGAAUCGUGUAAUUGUAUUAGAUUAGAAACAAAAUUUUGAUUUGAAAUGUGAUGUCUUUGUUUUACGUAUAAUCAGUAAACUAACACAUUCCUUUAUUAUAUCACGUGAUUCAUAACUCUAGUGUUUAUCAAUUAACGUUACACAGCUGGUUUGUUACUAAUCAACAGAAAAAAUGUCUUGCUGAACACAUGCUGAUGUGGGCUUGUAGGUUAGUUAUGGUGACAUGUGACGCUCAGAGUUCAGCAUUUCUGCAAGAGUGCCAAACAUCCAGUGUUAACCUCCAGUGACUGGAAUUAUUCUUCAUUUUGGUUUUUGCAAAGCAAGAUCUUCAUGAUCCUGUUGUGUGAUGUGAUUAAAGCUUUGUUUUUUUA